CUCAAUUUCGAUUGCUUACUUCUUCUGCCUUGCACCAACCUUUAUUUGUAGAGCUCAUCAACUCACAUAACUGACAUAAGCAUGUGUGAACAAGCUUUUAUGGUGGUGCCGUGUCAAGUAAUGGGCUGGAGAAAUUCUUCUUGCAGCCAAUACUUUUGCGGACAUGGUGACUCCGCACUUGCUCGGGAGUGCAGCCGCGUUACCAUAGUUGAGACCGGGAAUGGUGGUGGCAAUGCCUUUCACGCACUUGCAUUCUUGCAUACAGGCGGGUUUUUGGAACUGCAAGCUGCUUUAAUGGCCCUCACACAAGUGCAACAGGGAGCAGAUACAGCAGUUCCUCAGGUAGUUCAGGAACGGUGCUAGCUGACUCACUACCUCAUUACAUGUUGUGGCUCGAACCAAGGGGCAGUCACCACCAUAGACACCAAUACUACACAAGCCAGCUUGAAAGCCACAGAACUACCCAUCAUCACUGUAUUAAUUCAGCAAAACUAGAUUUUUUUUGUGUUUUUUGAGGAAGCUGAGAGAGUGAAUUGCUGCCUACUGUUUAAUUAUGUAUAGGCAUAGCUCGAAAAUGAAAGACAAUAAUUGAA